AUGGAGGAUGUCGCUGAAGGCUUCUUGAAUGAGCUGAUAAGAAGAAGUUUGGUUCAAGUGGCUAAAACAUUUUGGGAAAAAGUUACUGAAUGUAGGGUUCAUGAUUUACUUCGUGAUCUUGCGAUACAAAAGGCAUUGGAGGUAAACUUCUUUGACAUUUAUGAUCCAAGAAGCCACUCCAUAUCUUCUUUAUGUAUCAGACAUGGCAUUCACAGUGAAGGAGAAAGGUACCUCUCAUCACUAGAUCUUUCUAACUUGAAGUUGAGGUCAAUUAUGUUCUUCGAUCCAGAUAUUUAUAAUGUGUUCCAACAUAUAGAUGUGUUUCGACAUCUAUAUGUGUUGUACUUGGAUAUUAAAGGUGGUGUUAUACCUGAUGCCAUAGGGAGUUUGUACCACCUCAAGUUCUUAAGAUUGACAGGUAUCCAUGAUCUUCCCUCCUCCAUUGGCAACCUCAAGAAUUUACAGACACUUGCUGUUGUCAAUAAGAGCAGAUCAUUUUGCCCACUACCCCCAAAAACAGUUGACCUAAUAAAUUUAAGACAUUUAGUUGCUUGGUAUUCAGAACCUCUAGAACGUAUAAGCAAACUCACUAGCCUUCAAGUUCUUAAAGGUGUUUGUUGUGAUCAGCGGGAAGAUGUUGACCCUGUUGAUUUAGUCAAUCUUCGAGAAUUAAGCAUGCAUUAUAUUAGCGAUUCUUACUCCCUAAACAACAUUAGCAGCUUGAAAAACCUUAGCACUCUCACAUUGUCGAGUAAGCUUCUUCACUCAUCUCGAUUCCCAUCCCUUGAAUUUCUUAAUUCUUGUCAAAAGCUCCAGAAAUUGUGGUUAAAAGGGAGAAUAAACAAACUUCCUCUGUUUCCAAAUUCCAUCACAAUGAUGCUUCUUUGGAAGUCAAGACUGACAGAAGAUCCGAUGCCCAUUUUGGGAAUGUUGCCAAACCUAAGGAAAUAG